AAAGAUGACUCAUGACUCAUGAAAAAUUUCCACAUAUGGGAAAAUCACAGAGUCAUGUCAAAUUUUGCGCUUGCGAGUCACGGAAGCUCACCGAGGGCCAGUUGAAUCAUCAUCUCAGGGUGUGGGACAUAUAUAAAGAAGGUAGCGAGACUAAUUUCUCUUAUAAUCAUCCAUGAGCGAAUCCAAACCUCGUGCUCUGUUAUAUUGGAUAGUUUCAUAGCUAUGAGUGAGCUAGAGGAUAAGCAUUCACUUCAGGUGACCAAUGAGGAACAAUCACAGACAGACGUUGUGGAGUUCACCGAGGAGGAGCUUGCCAGACUGGAGAAAAUCUACAUCAAGCUGGAUUUGAGAAUCAUUCCGGCGUUGUGGUGUCUGUACUUCUUGACAUCGUUUGGUUCUUCUGCGUAUGGUAAUGCCUUGACGAUGAACUCUGAGGCUGGUCACUCUCUGAGACAGACCCUCAACUUGACUGCUAAGCACACAUCAACGGCUUCUGCUUUGUACUACGUUGGUUACAUCAUUUUCGAUGUGCCUAUGAAUAUUAUAAUGACCAAACUGGCUCCACAGGCAUGGCUGUCGCGUAUUGUGAUGUCUGUUGGUUUGGUGUAUGCUUGUUACGCUGCUCUUGAUUCUGCAGGCGGUAUCAUUGCCAUUAGAUUGAUUUCUGGUAUCUGUGGUGCUGGUACCUGGCCCGGAAUGAGUUACUACAUCUCUCUAUGGUACCCUCCGCAAAGAAUGACAAGACGUGUUGGUUAUUACUUCACAGCUGCUCAAUUAUCUGCUGCUUGUGCAGGGUUGGUCGCCGCAGGUUUCCAGAGAAUGGAUAUGACACACGGUAAAGAAGGAUGGAGAUGGUUCUUCCUUGUCUACGGUGUCAUCACGGUUUUCGUCGGUGCUCUUCUUCUCUUUUGGCUACCAGAUAACCAAAGGGACAGAGAAUCCAACUUCAAGAUCUUCAGAAAGGUAAAGGCUUUGAAUGUUUACCCACUUAAUGACGAAGAUAGAUUGCUUCAUGAAAAGGAUAUGUCACAGUACAGAACUAAGCUCACAUGGACCGCAAGAGAUAUUUGGAACAUUUUGGUCGACAUCAAGGUUUGGCCAUUGAUCAUCAUGUACUUUGGUGUGGUUGGUACAGGUUAUGGUCUAGCUGUGUUUGGUACCACUUUGAUCAGAACCGUGUUGGGUGUCAGUUCCAUCGAUGUUUCCCUGCUUUACGCGCCUAUCUGGUUAUUCGACCUUGCCGCAAUCCUUCUCAUCACGCCACUUUCUGAUAUAUUCAAGAAGUUUAGACCACUUAUCUUCUCUUGCUCAACCGUUAUAAUCAUUGUCGGUCUCGUUGUCUGCACUUAUGCGGGCCCUAAAUGGAGUCGUUAUGGUGGAUUGCUCAUCACAGGUUUCGGAUUGGGCCCAACUGUUCCGACAUGUAUGUCCAUAACAGCUGACAUCUUUGGCCGUAAGCACGGUGACAUUGGUGUUGCUGUCUCAAGUGCGCUUGUUUCCGGUUUAGGUAACUUGGGUUCUGUCAUGGCCACUUACGCAUUGUUCACUGGAUGGCCUGCAGAUGCUGCUAGACAGUACGAGUAUUCAAACAUGAUAUUGGUCCUGAUCUGUGGUCUUUCCAUCAUCGCUGCAUUCUUCUGUUGGUUGCUCGAAAGAGUCAUCAAGGAGAAGCACACCUACUACUAAUUCUUAGACUCUUUAAUGCUAAUUUGAUUUUACGACACCUCCUCCA